ACAGAGGAGCCCGCGUCGGCGGUAAGAGAAGACCGGUACAGCUGUGCUGCCUUCUGUCAGAGGUUCCAGCCAUUUCCUCAUCAGAAGUGGACCAGCCAUCAAGGACUCGCCGCCCUGUGGGCUGAGACAGAGAGCCCCUCAGAAAGCAGCGUGGAAGUCAUCAUGCUGCAGCAGCUCCUGAUCACCCUGCCCUCCGAGGCCGGCACCUGUGUGAAGUUGCAUCAUCCAAAGAAGGCCAGCGAGGGUGCGCUCCUCUGGGAAGAUGUGACUAAAAUGUUUAAAGGACAAGCUCAGCUAUCUCAGGAUGCUGAUGAAACCCAGGCAGAAAGUUUAGAGGAUGAAGUGACCCCUGCACCCCUGACAACAGAAUACCAGGAACUGUUGACCUUCAAGGACAUAUCUGUGGACUUCACCCAGGAGGAGUGGGGGCAACUAGCCCCUGCUCACCGGAAUCUGUACCGGGAGGUGAUGCUGGAGAACUAUGGGAACCUGGUCUCAGUGGGCUAUCAGCUUCCCAAACCUGGUGUGAUUUUCCAUUUGGAGAAAGGAGAAGAUCCAUGGUUGAGGGACCGAGAUAUUUCAGGAGGUCCAAGUUCAGACUUGGAGAGUAAAGCAGAAACCAAAGAGUCAAACUUAAAGAAUGACAUUUCAUGGGAAAAUCUACCCUGUGACGUGAUGACAGAAAAGGCAACAAGAGGAAGCACCUUGUAUUCCACCUUGGGAAGAGUCUCCAAAUCUGAUGCAAUAGGGAGCCAGAAGGAAAACCAAGGAAUGGGUCAGGGACAAAUCUCCUUGCUCUGCAAGGAAGUGCUCACUCAGACGAGAAGCCAAGCAUUUAACAGAUUUGAGAAAGGAAUUAAUGUGAACUCAAAAGUUAUGCCAGGACUAGUAGGUCCCCCAAGAAAGAAAGACCAUAAAUAUGACACAACUGGAAAGAGAAGCAGAUAUAAUUUAGAUUUUAUUAAUCAUUCAAGGAGUCAUACAAAAAUGAAAACCUUUGAAUGUAAUAUUUGUGAAAAAAUCUUCAAACAACUUAUUCACCUUACUGAACACAUGAGAAUUCAUACUGGAGAGAAACCUUUCAGAUGUAAGGAAUGUGGAAAAGCCUUUAGCCAAAGUUCAUCCCUUAUUCCGCAUCAGAGAAUCCAUACUGGUGAGAAACCCUAUGAAUGUAAGGAGUGUGGGAAAACCUUCAGACAUCCUUCAUCUCUUACUCAGCAUGUUAGAAUUCAUACAGGGGAGAAGCCCUAUGAAUGUGGAGUAUGUGAGAAAGCCUUCAGCCAGAGCAUUGGACUGAUUCAGCAUCUGAGAACUCAUGUUAGAGAGAAACCUUUUACAUGCAAAGACUGUGGAAAAGCAUUUUUCCAGAUUAGACACCUUAGGCAGCAUGAGAUUAUUCAUACUGGUGUGAAACCCUAUAUUUGUAAUGUAUGCAGUAAAACCUUCAGCCAUAGCACAUAUCUAACACAACACCAGAGAACUCAUACUGGAGAAAGACCCUAUAAAUGUAAGCAAUGUGAGAAAGCCUUUAGCCAGAGAAUACACCUUUCAAUCCAUCAGAGAGUCCAUACUGGCGUGAAACCUUAUGAAUGUAGUCACUGUGGGAAAGCCUUUAGGCAUGAUUCAUCCUUUGCUAAACAUCAGAGAAUUCAUACUGGAGAAAAACCUUAUGAUUGUAAUGAAUGUGGAAAAGCCUUCAGCUGUAGUUCAUCACUUAUUAGACACUGCAAGACACACUUAAGAAAUAACUUCAACAAUGAUAUGUGAAAUAAACUCAACAUCAAAGAACCUUUAUUUGGAGCAAAAGCCUCUAAAUCAGUGGCUCCCUGACUUAUAGAUUUCAAAAAACAAUCAUUUAAAAUGAGUUGGUGCAAUGUUGCCAAGUAUUAGUUUUGUCAUGUUAAAAAACAAAGGCCUAUUAGCACCAUUUCAGAAAAGACAGCAUUUUAGCAUAGGAAGGCUAUAAUUAUUGUGAGGAAGAGCCCUUUGUAUUGAAUUAAAUCAACUUUAUGAAAAUCU